CGGCGGCGCAGGAGGAGGAGGAGGUGGGGCGCCGCGGCGGAGCGAGCGCUGGGAUCCGCACACCGGCGUCAGGUGUGAGCCGUCCGGAUGGCGGAAUCCGGACCGCAGCCGCCGGGCGGCGGCGCGCCCAGCCGGCACGAGAAGAGCCUGGGGCUGCUCACCACCAAGUUCGUAUCGCUGCUGCAGGAGGCCAAGGACGGCGUGCUCGACCUGAAGCUGGCAGCAGAUACUCUGGCAGUGCGGCAAAAGAGACGUAUUUAUGAUAUUACAAACGUCCUUGAGGGGAUUGGGCUAAUCGAGAAGAAAUCGAAGAACAGCAUCCAGUGGAAAGGUGUGGGGCCCGGCUGUAAUACCCGAGAAAUUGCCCACAAGUUGAUUGAGUUGAAAGCAGAGAUUGAGGAUCUGGAGCAUCGGGAACGAGAACUGGAACAGCAAAAAAUGUGGGUGCAGCAGAGUAUCAAAAAUGUCACCGACGAUGUACAGAACAAAGAGUUAGCGUAUGUGACAGAUGAGGAUCUUUGCAAGUGCUUCCCAGGUGACACACUGCUGGCCAUCCGAGCUCCAUCAGGAACCCAGCUAGAAGUUCCUGUCCCUGAGGGCUUAAACGGCCAGAGGAAAUACCAGAUCCACCUGAAGAGUAGCAACGAUUCCAUUGAUGUUCUUCUAGUCAACAAGGAUGCCUGGAGCUCUCCUCCGGUGGUGCUUCCGGUCCCUCCCCCGGAAGACCUCAUUCAGUGCCAGCCAAUCACACCCUCUGAGAAGCCAUCCGUUGUCCCGUCCCAGGAGGCCUCUGUUCCCAGUGGUGCCCCCCCUCCUGUGUCUGUACCCAGCAGCACGCAAGACCACAGAUCCUCUGUGCCCAAAUCGGCCAGCGGGACAGAAACGGGCACCUCGACAACGGACUCCAAAAGCAGUGAGGAGUUGGACUCGCUUACCCCUUCGGCGGUACCAGCCAGUCCACCAGCUGGGCUUGAUACGCAGCCCCUCCAAUCCUCUGCCUUGCUGGACAGUAGCUCUGUCCUACCCAGUUCCUUUACCUCUUUUGAACCAAUCAAGUCCUUCCCCACAGAAAUACUGGAAUUUCCCAAAGAGCUUUCAGAAAUGUUUGAGCCAACCAGAGAGUGCGUGAAUUCCGAGUUGCUUGAAGAGCUGAUGUCAUCGGAAGUGUUUGCUCCUUUACUCCGCCUCUCCCCGCCUCCGGGAGACCACGACUACAUCUACAACUUGGACGAGAGCGAAGGCGUGUGCGACCUUUUUGACGUCCCGAUUCUCAACCUCUGACUUGGACUGCCUGGAUGGAUGGAUGGAUGGAUGGAUGGAUGGAUGGAUGGAUGGGUGGACUUUGGGAUACGGAUUCUUUUUUUUUUCUUGUUUUUUUUUUUUAAAGAAUGAAAACCUGUCUCAAGGGAACGUGGGGGAAACCCCCCCCCAACCUCUUUAUUUUGGAUAUUAUUAUUUUUUUUAUCUGCUAGUGCUUGAGUGAAGCACACAGCUGCUCUGGUCUAGACUGAAAAGCCAACGAGGAUAAAACCCUCGUCUCCAGCUUUUUUUUUUCUUUCUUCUUCCCCUUCCCUGGUUUAUCUUAGUCCACUCCUCCUUGUCCUUUCAUGGAUCCUGGGUGGGCGGCCUCCUUCCCAGGCACCUGCUGUUGAACCUUGCCAAGCAGCAAAAGAGCUUCCUUGAGUCCCCCACCCACCUUACCCCACCUAGUCUGUUUUGGCAUCCCUGCACUGCUGGGGGCACUUUGCAUCUCCCCCUCUCUUCCUUCUUUCUGGUUAUCAACAGAACAGCUGAACCGUAACCUGGUGGGGUUUGAGGAAAAUCCACCCCUGGCCUCCCUUUUUUGGCUCCUCCGUAGAAUUUAAACGGAGCGGGGCGUUUGUCUCUUUAGCAACUGUCUGCUUUUGGCAGGAUGGAAUUUUGUUUUUUUUUUAAAAUGUGCUUAGAAGUGGCGUUUCAAGUAACCCUCCUGGUCCGUCUGUUAACAUCAAAGCACGAAGCCCCCCUCCCUUUUUCCUUGUAGGCUGCGUAGACUUAAACCGUGUGUGUGCGUGCGUGUUUUUAAGGUGCCAGUUUUGCACAGUCACUUUUCCUCCAAAGAGUCAGAACUGAGAAACGAUUUUGUUUAAAAAAAGAAAAAAAAGAAAAAAAAAAGCGUUCGCGAAACAAGUCAGGGCUUACAAGCAGGUGGGACCUCGCCUGUCGUCAACGCAAAAGCCUCUUUCGCGCACUCGAAACUGGGUUGCCAUCGUCGUCGUCCCCAGCCUGCAACUGUGCUGCUUCAGCAAGGGAAGAGCUGGCUGGGGCUAAUGGGAGGCUUGCUUUCUUUCUCUCUCAAGCCCCCCCCCCCUCCCCACUUCCGGAUGGAGCCUCCGAUGGAGGAGAUUUAGUCCCACCUAGUCAAGUGAGUCUCGGUAGCUGCUAGAAUAGGGCUUUUUGGGGGAUGCGCUGAGGCUGCUGUUCGCCAUUUGCUAGCUGAAUUACGUUGCCGGUCCUGUUGACGCAGUCCGACUUCUCUUUGGAACUUAACCAUGACGUGCCCUUUUCCGCAUUCUCUCCGAUACGCACCAUCGGCCUCUCCGUUGGGGAGUGGGGGCGGGGGGCGUGUUCCUGUCCUGAUCCUCGGGACGCGGAUGGAAGGGAGCCCUCGCUUUCCCCAUCCUCACCCUCUGCGCUUCCGAACCUCUUUUCCCCCUUGAAAGCCAUAUCCUUUUCCACCGUCCGUCGGCCUCUGGGUUACGCCGCGUUGGCAAACACCGAACGCCAUUUCCCCAAGUCCUAGGCUGUUGCGGGUGCCGAAGGCCCACCUCCCAGCACUGGGGGCUGGGAGGGUGGGAAGGGUUUCGAUCCGAAGGGCGAAACCCUCUCCCACAUCCCAGCCCACGAACGGCCUGGCUGAAAAAAAAUAUAUCUCUUUUUGAUGGGAUUGAACGAAGACUGUGCUGCUUAGAAUUGUGGAAGGGUUUCACGUGAGUGGGCAGGCCUAAUCCUGAUCUCCCCUCCUCUUUCCCCAUGUAAUCGGGGGCCCUCCAACCUCAACCUUGUCAGCUGUAAGAUGGGCGGACUUCAGCUUCCAGAAUUUCCUAGCUAAGCCAUAGCGGCUGGGGAAUCCUGGGCGUUGAAGCCCACCCGUUUUAAAGCUACCAAGCUUGGAAACAGCCGGGCGAAAGGAUCCACAAAAGCGACUUUUUAUAGAGUUUUUCUGGAUAGGAAAUAGAUCUAGAUCCGAGGUCUUCCAACUUGGCAGCUUUAAGACUUGUGGACUUGCAGCUCCCAGAAUUCUCCAGCCAGCUAUGCUGAAGUUGGAAGUCCACGAGUCUUAAAGCUGCCAAGUUGGAAGACCUCUGAUCUAGAGAUUUUCACCUCUCCAGCCUAGGAGCAUCUGUCUCUGCCUCCAGGCAGGUGACUGUCUCAACAACAACAACCCUCUGGAGCAGGGGUCUCCAACCUUGGCAACUUUAAGACUUGUGGACUUCAACUCCCAGAAUUCCUCAGCCAGCAAAUUCUGGGAGUUGAAGUCCACAAGUCUUAAAGUUGCCAAGGUUGGAGACCCCUGCUCUGGAGCCCUGUUUAGCUCCCCCUGAAAGGACAGUCCCACCUCCAGGGUUUCCGAGCUGUUCUUCCACCUCUUGUCUGGCUGUACCCGGCGAGCCACGGGAAUCUCUUCCCUGCCUCCAUUGCAUCCCCUCCCUUCCUGUCGUACAUGGUUUCGGCCUGCUCUUCAGCAGCCAAACCUUCGUUUCUCUUCACUGUCACCUCCUUGGUGGCCCUGACCCCUUCGGUGACAUCCUCUCAAAGGAUGCAUACAUAGAGGAAAUGUUUGGGGGGGGUGGGGAAGGGAGAGAAAUGAGUUUUGAUUCAUAUAAAAAGAUUAUUUUUAUACUUUUUUGCAGCAGAAGACACUUGCCUGUA